AAAAAUUUAGUUGUUUGUUUUAUUUUUAUAACAAAUGAUAAUUUACAAUAAAAAUAUUUUUACUUUGAAGUAUUCAAUUUUUUAAUUUUUUAUUUUUUAUUCUUGAUUUUAUUUGAAUUUAUAUUUAUAUAACGAUAAUGAUAAUAAUUAAUAAUUAUUUUAACAUUCACUCAAAAUGUAAAAGAUUAUAGUUAUUAGAAUGGAGAGGGUCUCCAGUACUUUUUACAGUGGUUUUCUAAAAAAAAACCUAUAAUAUGAAACCUAAUGAUUAAUGAUUGAAUUAAACUCUUGAUUAUCAACCAAUAUGAACGGUAAUUUUUGGCGACGAGAGUCUUCCAUUUGUACAGGAGAUGAAAUACAAUAUCCAAUGAUAAUGCCUGACGAGCGACUUGCUUAUUGGGCUCAUUGUCAUAACUAUCAAUUAAGGGAUAAAAUAGGUGAAGGUUCAUUUGGAAAAGUUUUCAAAGCUUUGCAUACAAAAACAAACACAAUAGUUGCCUUCAAAUUUAUUUUCAAGCUUGAUAAAUUAAAAACAUUACAACAAGAAGUUGAAAUUCAACAGAAAUUACACCAUCCAAACAUUGUCAAAAUGAUCGAGUCAUUUGGAAAUGAAAAUGGGAUUGCCUUGGUCAUGGAGUUUGUUCCUAGAUCUCUUAAAGAAAUCAUAGAAACUGAAGGUAUAUUGAGUGAAGAAAGAACACAGGGAAUUAUAUGUCAUCUUGUAUCCGCUUUACACUAUUUACACAAGAAAAAUAUUUUACACAGGGAUUUAAAACCACCAAAUAUAUUAUUAGACCACAAUGAUGUUGCAAAAUUAUGUGAUUUUGGUUUAGCCAGGUUUAUGUUAACUGGUACUCAAGUAUUAACUCAAGCAUCGCUCAAAGGAACCCCUCUUUAUAUGGCUCCUGAAGUAAUAAAUUCACCUGUUAUACCUCCAAUAUACAAUCAUAAUGCAGAUUUAUGGUCAUUGGGGUGUAUAGCAUAUCAUUUACUUUGUGGAAAACCUCCAUUUGAUACAAAGUGUUUGAUGCAUUUAGUUCAAAUGAUGAAAGAUCAACCAAUAAUUUGGCCAAAUACUGUGUCAGCUGUUUGUCAGAACUUUUUAGAACAGUUGUUACAAAAAAAUCCGUUACAAAGAUUAACAUGGCCUGGCUUAUUAGAACAUGAAUUUUUAAAAAACAAAGUAUACACGAUGGAUAUGGAUCAAAAUGAGGAAAUAGAUGGCUCAACAGAAUUUGAUGAUAUUGUGUCACCCUUAAACUCAUUGACAAUAAAUGAAGACACAGAAGAAGAUGAUGAUGAAGAAGAAGAAGAAGAAGAUGAAGAAGAAGAAGAAGAAGGAGAAGAAGAUAAAGAUCAUUCAGAUUCUUCAACUAGUCAUGAUAUUACAUCUAUAGAAGAAACAACUGAAGAGGACUUGCGGUCAAGUCAAUCUGGUUGGUGUUCUGAAACUUGUCAAGAGUUAGAUGUAGGUUGUGAUAAAACUAACUCUUCAACCAAUAAUACAAAAUCUGGUAAUGAUUUUAUGAGUGAAGAAUGGAUAGUAUUUCUACGGCAAAGUGCUUCUGAAGUCGUUUCUGGAAAUAUAACAUCUAUGACUCAAAAAAGUUUUAUUUUAGUAGUGUUGUCUCCUUUAAAAAGUGGUGCCAUAUCUUCCAAAUUAUUACACUAUGUUGUUACUGUUCUGGCAAUACCUUUUGUUACUCCAAAUGUUCAACAAACUGAGAAAGACUUAAUAACUCAAAUUUAUAUUGAAACUAAAGUCAUACCAUGUUUAAUGCAAGCUUUUUCUAAUGCUUUCAAAUCUCCUGCUCGUAAUUGUGUAUCACCUGUACCACCAGAUGUUAUCGGCAUUCAAGAAUUAGAUAGUUUAGAAUCGGUGCUGCUAUUAAUAGAAGGAUUAUGCUUAGAUAAACCUAUUGAGUGUCUUAAGCAAUUUACUGAGAGUAUCUAUUUUUUGAAAAUUCUACCACUAUUACAAAAAUGUUUAUCAUUGAGUCAUGGUAAUACACAUUUGGUUACUAAUACACUUGCCGUAUUAAUAUUAAUUUUAUUGUAUUUGCCAUGCAACAUUAGUUUAGUGCAAGAUAUAGUUUUUGGCAAGCAUUUAGAAGGUAGGAUUUCAAAUGUUGAGCUACAUAAAUUGCUUAGAAAUAAUGACGAUCCGUCCAUGAGAGAAAGAACAUGUGUCCUUUUAUUACAUAUGACUAGACUGAAUCCUAAUUGUCUUUCAGAAAUUUGGCAUCAAACCCUCACCAACGAUAUUGAAUUUUUAAAAAAUGAUUCAUGUCCUAAUGUUGUUCAGGCUGCUAUUUAUACAUCUGAACUAUUGAAAAAAACACCAUUUUACCAAGUGGAAACUGAACAAUAAGAGUAUAUAAUCAUAAUUAAAUUUAUAAAUUGUUGUUGUUUUUAUUUUUUUAUCUAUUUUAAGACUAAGUAUUAAUAGUAUUAUGAAACAUUAUUGUAUAUUGUAUAUGAAAUGAAAAGUUAAAUUUAAAUAAGGAUUGAACCUUAAGAAUAGUGAUAAAUAAUAAGUAGCAAUAAUAGUUACAUAAAUAUAAAUACUUUUUUACUGUUAAGAUAUAUUAUGAUGAAAAUACAAUAUGCUAAAUAGUCAUAAUAAUUAAAUCAUCUGUUUUUAUAUACCCAUACACAAGAUAAUAAAUAUAACAAAACGAAAUAUGAUGUAAAUUAUAUAAUAAUAGUAUAACAACAAUUAUAGUUUUGUUCACCAAAAAUAAUAGAUAUAUGAUACUAUAUAACGCUUAUUACAGAUAAGAUAAGCUAUUUCUUAAUAUUAUGCGAACACACUCGAAGGAAAUUAUGGGACAGGAGUAUAAAAUAAUAUUUAUACAGUUUUCAAAGACAAGUGUUUAUUCUAACAGGAAUAUUAUUGGGAUCCACAUAAAAUAUUCCACAGCAUUUCAUAAUGAUUUCCCCACCCAAUACAUUUCAAGUACAUCCAAAUCAUAAUUUAUUUAGUUUCAUAGUUAUGAUUAUAUAAAUUGUAUGUUUCUUUUUAAAUAGUUUAUUCUUAAAUGGUAACUUGUUGACUUCACAACAAACACAAAUAUUUAUUAUAAACAUAAUCAUUCAUAUACUAAAAUAUAUAGCCUUGUACUUUUUUUACAUUAGACCUAAGUUUAUGUAAUAACCUAUCCAAUUAAUUUUUAUACUUAACAUAUAGUUACUUUUUAUUUUCUUGAGUUUUAGAGUAUUUUAGUUUUUUUAUCAUCCAUUUCACCCUUUAAAAUUUCUACUUUUUCAUCAUUUUGCCACACUUGAAUACAUCCAAUCAGUGAUUAUAUUUUUACCAUCCCUAGCAUAUAUUACCACAAGUAUACUUCAGGGUACCUACUAUUUUAUUUGGAUAUCUUUAUUUUUUUUUAAUUUUAGAUAUGUACAAAUUAUUGAUGUAUUCAGAUAAGACAAACUUGAAUUAAUCUUGGUAUAAAUCCAGGGUAUGCCCUAUUAUCUUGACCGCUUUAUUCGCAAUGUAUUGGAUUAACAUUAUGUAACAAUUUUAUUGCUUUUCAAUCUUACAACAACGCUUAUAAAUUAAUGAGCUUAUUAUAAGUACCUAUAUUUUUGAGAGAAUACGUCAGUUAUUGAUCUGACCGUUAUAUAUUAUUAUAUUGUUAUCUCUGAAGUGUUCCAGCUUAGACCAAAACACUUCAAACUAAAUAUUUAAACUAAAAUACACUUGGAAAACAAAAAAUCCGAUUACUGCUUUAUAAUUCGUAGAUAGUAAUAUGCAGUAAUAUGUUUACCUACAUAAAAAAGUAUAAUAAAAAUUAUCUGGUUGUUAUGAAAAGAAUAAUAGAUUAGGGAUUUUAAGUUAACUACCAUCUUGUGAAAAAACAACGAACAAUGUUUAAACAUUUUUACUAGGCAUAAGGCAAUAAUAUAUCAUACAUUAUUACAAAUUAUUAACAGCAUUACAAGUAUCAAAAAGUAUCUACCAAACUUUUUGACAAAAUAAACUAUACCUACAUACCUAUAGUAUAUACUAAUUAUAUCUCGUCAAUGAUGUCUGUUAUGAUUAUUUGGCAUGUUUUUAGUACUUACCUAUCUAUUUUGUUGUAAUUUAUAAUACUAUGCUAAAAUAUAUAGUCAGAAAUGUGUUUUGUGAUCUCACAAAUAAAUUACCAAAAUUGUAUUUUAA